AUGUCAAAUAACAAGCAAGGAGGAGUUUUAAAUAUCAUCUUUUCAAUUAUUGUAUUGUUUGUAUUGUGUGGAGUUUUGGCAAUUUCUGCUUGCUAUGCUAUUACACCAGCUGUAGCAGAGCAAAUAGUGAAAAACCAACAACAACAACAACUAAACAACAAUAAUGAAGAUAAGUCUCCCCAAGAAUUUACAUAUAUAAAGAACCUGAUACAUUCGCAAGCCGAUAGAAAUGAAUUUUCUAAUAUUUUAAUUAAUGAUCAGGACUUUAUUGGAAAUCAAAGAAGGACGUACCUUCAACAAUUUAGAGACAAACUUGUAAAUACGCACAAAGGAAAGCUCCAUUUUGAUAUAAAACUUGAUGAUGAGGAAGAAGAUGACGAAGAGGAAGAAGAAAGUGGAGCUAGUCAGUCUUCCAAUCGUCUAAACUAUCAACUCUAUAAUGUUGAUGAGGCAGAUAUAAUUGACCUCGAACAACAAAAACAUGCCCAUACUGAUGAAGAUAAUGGAGAUGAUACAACACAGCUUGAUUCCGUAUCACUGGUAAGGAGAAAUAAUAUUGAUGGAACUUCUGGAAGUUCCAGUGGUGAUGGCUCAAGCACAACAUCAAACCAAUCAUCAAAGGGCAAUGCUGGGAUGCCAACUUCAAAUACUAAUAACGCUGAGAUUACAAAUACAAGAGUCAAGUUACUAUUUGAUCCACCAUCAUUAGACUUUGAAGAAAGACCACUUUGCAAUCCUAUUGCAAAAACAUUUACAAUCACUAAAGAGGAUGGAGAAGAAGAAGAAGCUCUUCAAAUAACAUCAGUAUCUACAGAGUCUCUUUUAUUCCAUCCAUCUAUUAGUAAGAAAGAAAAUAACAAGAUAACAAUUAAUGUUAUUUUUCUCCCUAGAAUUUUGAAAAGAUCUGAAGGAAUUAUUACUAUUAAUACGAACUUUGGAGUUUUUUCUUUUAAGGCAUUUGGUGGAGGUAUUGAAAAUGCCUAUAACAUCAAACCAAUUCUUGGACACAAAUUACCUGUUGGUGCUGAUUAUAGAAAACCUAUUUUUAUGCAUAAUCCACAUCAAAAUGAAUCAUUAUUAAUCAAGGAAAUUUACACUAGUGAAGACUUUUUAUUAUUGAGUUUACCAGAUCAAAAUUCAAAUGACAAAACUUAUAAUAAGAAGAAUCCACUUUUAUCAUUAUGGAAAAUUGAACCUCACCAAACAAAGUCUAUUAUUUUAUUGAAUUUCCAUGCUAAUCAACCUAAAAAACAUACAGGAUUUGUUCAUGUUAAUACUAAUCGUGGACAAUUUAUUAUUCCUGUUGAAUUUAUUGUUUCAAAGAGUGGAGUACAUCGUAUUGUUGAUGAAAUUGAUUUUGGAACUUUCAUCUCUGCCAAUGAGAAGAGAACUCGUGACAUUGUACUCCUUAACUCAUCUCCAAAUCCAGUUUUAGUAUCUGAAGCAUCUAUUGCACAAACUGAUGCUCAAUUAAAGUUAGAAUUUACAAAGAAUACCCUUCUUCAAGAAGGAUCAAUUUCAAGUGUUGCAAAGGUUACUUAUACAUCUCAGAUACAAGGAGAAUUUACUGGAAAAAUUAUUUUCAAGACCAAUGAUACUACAUCAAAGGAAAAUGCUGGUAUUAUUGAAGUUCCAUACCGUUCUCGUAUUAUUCAUGGAACUUUAGAUUAUAGAAUGAAUAGUACAGCUUUUUAUUGUGGUGAUGGUAAAGAAAAGGUUAAUGAAAUGGUAUUAAUGAAUGGAUUUGAUGUUCCAAUCAAGUUCACUUCUGCUGAUGUGUUUGAUAAGAGAUUUACUAUUGAAGAUUUUACUACUGGUUCUAUUUUAGAAAAGAAUAGCAAGAAGAGAGUACUUUCUAUUCGGUUUAAUCCAAGUGACAGUUUUUUGAUUCACAAGACUAAUCUUAUCCUCCAUACAAAUAUUACCAGAUUGUACAUUCCACUUUAUAGCUAUCAUGGCAAUUUAGAUCAUAUUCCAAUUAAUGCUGAGAAGAAUAUUCUCAACAUUGAAGCUGCCAAUGAUGGUAUUAAUAUGGGUAUUCUUGGUUUGAGCAGUAGAAAGAUUCACUACUUUACUGUUUCCAAUAUGAAUCCUGUACCAAUCAAAAUAUUUGACUGGAAGGUAACUGGUAUGACAAACAAAAAAUCAAGCAUUUCCAUUUCAUAUGUCAAGAUUUACCAACCUGAGGAUGAUUUGGGCUCUUUAACUCUUAUCAAACCAACAAAAUUAAGUGAAAGUAUUAAUAGCAAGCAUGCUGAUGGAAACAAGGAUUCUUUCAUUUUUGCCAUUCUUCCAAACCAAAAGAUAAUUAUGAGAUUGGAUAUUUACACUCCAACUUCAGAUGAAGAACAAAAUGGUUUUAUUGAGUUUGUGACUCAAUACAAAUCCUUGACCAUUCCUCUCAAGUUUAUUUGUAUGGAAGGUAGUUUAUCCAUUACUAAUCAAUUACCUUUUGAUGUUACUUUCCCUGGUAAAAUUCAAAAGAAAAAUAUCUAUGCAACUAAUACUUUUGGAAGAACUAUUACCAUCUCUGAAAUCAAGUCAUCUGAUGAAAGAUUCAUUCCAGUCAUUACUCAUAAAACAAUUGAGGCAAACCAAAAGAUGAACAUUGGUUAUGUAACCUUGGAUGCUUCCAAAGUUCCAAAAGAGAAGAAUUACAUGAUGGAUGAUGGAAAAUCUGCAACUAGUACCUCUAGUUACAAUAAGAAGUCCUCUACCAUUUCAUCUGAAGAGUUUACCAAGUAUAGAUGGAGAAAUUCUCUAUUUGAAGAUAUUAAGAACGCUGGGGAUACUAACAUUCUUGGAACAGUUUCAUUACAAACAGAUAUUGGAAUUAAUUAUAAUAUUAAUAUUUCUACUUCAUUGGAAUAUCCAAAACUUUCCCCAGUACGCCAAAUCAACUUUAAACUUACUCAUAUUGGUACAAGUGCGUCACAAUACUUGACUGUUGAGAAUCCAUCUGAUCAUUUCAUUUCUCUUCAAUUAAUUUUAGGAAAUGGAUCUCUUGCCAAGUUUCUUCAAAGAAAUGCAAAAGGAAAUGUACCAAAAAUUGAUGGUCAAGGUGACAAAUCAUAUACAGAAUUUAGACUUCCAAAAGAUGGUAUGAAUUCUGCCAAUAUUCCACCUCAUAGACAUGCCAAUUUAGGUCCAAUUAUUUUUACUCCAAAAUCUGAUGCUGCUCCUUCAGUCGCUUAUUUAUACAUUAGAAAUAACUUGACCAUUUUUGAUAUUGUCAAACUUACAGGCAAUGGUGGUUCUUCUAAACUCAUUUUCAGUGAAAAUGGAAACGAUCUUGCCUCUCUCAAAUUUGAAAUUAAGGAGUCACAAUUGGGAACAUGGGACAAUUAUACAAAUAGAUUUGUUCAAAAUAAUUAUAGUAGCAAUAAUGGAAGUGAGGAUACCCAAAAGACUGAACUAAUUUUCCACAAAAAGUUCAUAUUGCAAAACAAGGGUAAUAUGCCGGUCACUAUUUUAGGUAGUAGUAUUGACAAUAUGGGUUGUAAUGCUUAUGGUGUCAAAUUACACAAAUGUGGCAAAUUUGAGUUACAACCUGGACAAACAACUGGUUACAAGAUUUCAUACAAACCAGAUUUUACUACUGCUGUGGUUGAUCUUUUCAUAAGAAUUGACACAGAUCAAGGAAAGUUGUCCUAUCCAAUUAGAUUGACACUUCCUUAUAAUGUAUUGCCAUACUUUUAUGAAACUCAACCUAUCAGUACUGGCCAUAGAUUGUUCAGAGUUGCUGCUACAUUUAUUGUUCUUACAUUGGCUCUUUAUAUUAUUUUCAGAGCAUGUCGUGAACUCAAGACACUCGAUUCUGCAGAUAAUGAAUUACCAACUUCAAUUACUGAUUUCCUCAAACCAAACUUUAGCAUUAGCUCAUUCCCAUUUAUUACCUUCCCUUCAAUGGAUGCAGAGAAGCAUAAUCAAAAUAAGAAUGAUGAAGAAAAAGUUUUAAAUGCUGAAGAGGAAAACAAGAAGAAGAAGGCCUCCGAAAAGGCUGAAAAGAAGAAGAAGCCAAAGACUAAUCAAUCUCCAAGUAUUCCAAAAUCUGACAAGUCAAAGACCAAGCCAAAACAAACAAAGGCUGCAUCCAAUCUACAGAAUAAUACAAAUGAAGAGGAAGAAAAUGCUGACAAGACCAUUGUUGAGAUUGAAUCUACAGGUGACAAGACAAGUGUUGCAGAAUCAAUAGUGGUAGAUCAUCCUUCUACUCCAAAACAAGGCAGUGCCAUUUCAGCACCAACCAGUGUUUUAAAAGAGGAGAAGGAAGAAAAACCUGCUCAUAACAAUACUAUCGUCAGCACAAAUAAUGUUACAUUUGAAAAUGAUGCCAAUUCUUCCAAUUCACUACUAGAAAAGAAUGAAAAGAAGUCAAUUUACAAAAAGAUUGGCUCAGAGAAAAAGCCACAUUUUGAAAAGAAGACUAAUUCCUCAUCUAAUAAGAAAAAGUUCAAUGAAACAGAGGCUAAUAUCGUUAUUAAACCAAAGGCAUUUUCAGCAAUUCCUACCAAUAUAACCAAUAGUAAUGAAAAGCCAAAGUUUUAUGCUGUCAAGGCUGGUAAUGGUGGUGCUGUUGCUGAUGCAAACAAUACGACUGCCAAUGUAACUAAUAAUGGUAUUAUUGAUUUAUCUGUCCUCAGCCCUAGCUCUAGAAGUAGAACUCCAAACUCGAACGAAAUGGCUAGAUUUGGCGGAAGAGAAAAUCAUCAAACACUUUCUACCACUGAACUCUUGAACAAUGUUAUUGAAACUCCAUCCAUGAACGAUAAUGUCAAGACUCGUGAACGUUCCUCAUCCGAUUCAGCAACCUAUAAGAAUUUAUUGGAUAAUACUACUCCAAAUAGUUCUCAAUUGUUAUUGGACGAAAAGAGUUCCUGUUCAACAGAUUUGGGAAGUACUGGAAACUUGAGUGGACUUUUAAGUGAUAGUAUGGCACCAUCCCCUUCAUCAAAUUCUCUUAUUGAAAAUGAUGUUUUAUCCUUGUUGAGAAGUGCCUCAGUUUCUCCUCCUCCAAUCGGUCAAACAGCAACAUCUUCUUCACCAGUUAACAAUACAAAUCAACAUAAGGAACAAGUAGGUGUUAUUGGAGGUAAUAAUAAUACUAGAAGAGAUUUUGGUUUUGGACAAGCAAGUCAACCUUAUUGGUACUUUGGGGCAACUCCAGCAGCUAGUAGUAAUUCAUUCUUUGGACAAGGAAAUAACUUUUCUUCUAAUAGUUUGCCUUUUGCUCCAAAUCCACAAUUCAAUGCAUUUAAUGCUCCACCUGUUGUCAAUAGAUUGGCUGCUACGUUCCAACAUCGUCCAACUAAUUACUUUUCAUUGUUUGAUUCUAGACCUAACAGUCUAUUCUCUACUGACACUAACAGUUCAUUCUUUAGCAAUUUGAACCAAAGAUCUAACAAUAGUAGUCCAUCAAACAGUGAUAGUACAACUGGUACACCAGAUGUUACCUCUUCACUAUUUUCAUAUGUGUUACCUGCCGAAGACGCAGGAGAUGAACAACAACAACAUCUCAAAUAAAAUUCAUUCUUCUAUUC